ACUUAGUGUUAGAGUUUAUUGGAGAGAUUGGAUUUUACAAGAAGAAUUUAAACAUGAAAAUUUAAGCAAAUGCUUUUAUAAUAUUUCUAAUAAUUCUGAACCGUCAAUUAUUUAUAAUAAUAUUUUAACUACUUUACCUCUCGGUUAUGGUUGGGAUUGUUACGAUUUUGCAAAAAGUAUAAAAUUAAAGCCUGGUCAACCUCGUGAAAAAAUAAUCUACCAUGCUUAUUGGCGUGCAGAUUUACGACCUUUUGGAGAUAAACAAAUCGCUACCUUAAAGUCAUUCUUUGCUACUCAAGACGCAAAUUUUUCAACUCUUAUUCUUUGGACUAACGGAAAUCUUUCGACUAAUCCUUCUCUUAACAUAGAAAGUAAAGGAACACCUAUGGAAAAUUCACCAAAUCUUGAAUUUGAAGAUAAACUUGCAUACCUUGAUGGAGACUUGAUUAGACUCCUUGUUUUAUACAAAUAUGGAGGUAUGUGGUUUGAUAUGGAUUCACUUUUUAUACGAGAUUUAUCACCACUCAUGGAACAUGAAUGGCUUGGUCAAUGGGAUUGUUUUAUGCCAAAGGGAUAUCCUUUCAACGGAGCUUUUAUGAGAUUUCGUAAGAAUUCACCAUAUUUAUGUGAACUUCUUUCCGAAAUGGCUAAUGGACCAGUUCCUAGUAAAUCAUCGAUUGACUGGGGUGGAAGAAUUUAUUAUAAAGUUUUUAGACGCUUAAUUCAAAACGGACAAAAACCAUUUGGAAUGAUUCCUUGGUGCUUUACAGAUCCUCACAUGUGUAAUCCGUACAAUUCAAUGCCUAAUGCGUUUGAUGAAACAGAUUUUGAUAAGGAAAGAUUAUUACAGACAUUUGCUUUUCACUGGCACAAUCAAUGGGAUAAGGAAAAAGGGA